GCCUUGGAAUUAAGUCCACGUGGUUUCGUGCGUGAUAUGCUGAUGUAAUUGAACUGUAGGGUUAUCGGCUCGUAUUGUUGGAAUUAUCGGCUGUUCUUCUAUUGUCCAUGUUAUUUAAAAAUGUUACGAAAUUUAAUAAAGCCGCAUCAUCUUAAGCAGUUCAUCACGAAUAAUGUCGCAGGAUUGCAGAUUAGAAACAAAGCCACAGCAGCAAAUCCACAACUUGAAGAUGCAGGAUUCCUUGGUAGACCAUUAUAUAUGGAUGCUCAAGCUACAACACCAAUGGAUCCCAGAGUUUUAGAUGAAAUGCUUCCAUUUUUAACUUCAUACUAUGGUAAUCCUCACUCAAGAACACAUGCAUAUGGUUGGGAAACGGAAUCUGCCGUUGAAAAAGCACGCGCUGAGGUAGCUGAAUUAAUUGGUGCAGACCCAAAAGAAAUUAUUUUUACAUCUGGUGCAACUGAAAGCAACAACAUUUCCAUAAAAGGAGUAGGAAGAUUUUACAGUUCCAAGAAGAAACACAUUAUUACAACUCAAACAGAACACAAAUGUGUUCUAGACUCAUGCAGGGCUUUAGAAGGCGAAGGCUUUAAAGUUACAUACCUACCUGUUGCCCAAAAUGGCAUUAUCUCACUAGAAGAAUUAGAUAAAGCAAUAACGCCUGAAACAUCUCUUGUAUCUAUAAUGACUGUGAAUAAUGAGAUUGGUGUGAAGCAACCAAUCACUGAAAUAGGCAAGUUAUGCAAGUCUAAAAAGGUCUUCUUUCACACUGAUGCUGCACAAGCAGUAGGCAAGAUAGCUAUAGAUGUCAAUGAAAUGAACAUUGAUUUGUUGUCUAUAAGUGGACAUAAACUAUAUGGUCCAAAAGGAGUUGGUGCUUUGUAUGUGAGGAGGAGGCCAAGAGUAAGAAUUGAAGCAUUACAAAGUGGAGGAGGACAAGAAAGAGGUUUGAGGAGUGGAACUGUUCCUCCACCCUUGGCUGUAGGAUUGGGAGCUGCCUGCAGGAUUUCACUACAGGAGAUGGAUUAUGAUCAUAGGUGGAUGGAGUUUCUCUCAAAACGUUUGAUGGAUAAAAUCUAUGGAGAACUGACGCAUGUGAUUCGGAAUGGCGAUCCAAUUCUGUCAUAUCCAGGUUGUAUAAAUUUAUCAUUCGCUUAUGUUGAAGGUGAAUCGCUGUUAAUGGCGCUGAAGGAUAUUGCUUUAUCUAGUGGAUCUGCUUGCACAUCAGCUUCUUUGGAACCAUCAUAUGUAUUAAGGGCAAUUGGGGCUGAUGAAGACUUAGCACACAGUUCAAUAAGAUUCGGCAUUGGCAGAUUCACAACAAUCGCUGAAGUAGACUACACAGCCGAGCGUUGUAUCUCACAUGUAAAACGAUUAAGAGAAAUGAGCCCCUUGUGGGAAAUGGUCCAGGAAGGAAUCGACUUGAAGAGUAUUCAAUGGUCUCAACACUAAACGAACCAACUUCACAAUUCAUCACAGUUAUUUCGGACUAAACCGCAAAUUGCGCACAAUCUCAUUCACCCAAUAAAGCAAAAUUACGGACUAGAGCAUAUUGAAUUUUAUGCCAUUUUUUUUGGUUUUGUGAAUUUUUAUGGCAUACAUAUCAAAAUGAGAAUUCCUGAGACUUUCAGCACAAGCAGGCAUCUUCAUAGACCUCAUCUGCAUCACCUAUCUUGAAACCAUGUUUAUCCAUUGCUUGUAGUUCCAUUUUGGAUCUGUUUGAAUGCACCAAUUGACUAGCAAUGUCCUCAAACAUGUCCUCUAAACCAUCUCCAGUCUUGCAUGAUGUCUUGAAGCUAGCAGCUAUAAUAUUAUGGCAUUGUUCACUAAAACAAGUUAAAUCAAAUUAGGGGAAUAUUUUUUGUUGAAAUUAUUAUAUCUCACCAAAAUGAUUCAAUCUCAGCAUCUGUGACUUGAGGUGUGGAUGUAAUCAAAUCAUUCUUAUUUCCACAUAGGUAUAUUUUGGCAUUCUCUGCAUAUGUGACAAUAUCAAGUAAAUGUUGUGAGAGCACAUGAAAGGAUGCAGCAUUGUCUAAAGAAAAGACCAAAAUUGCAGCUUCAGCAAAUUUGUAAUAACUUGAUGUAAUUGAGGCAACCCUCUCCAUGCCUCCUGUGUCCCAUAGUUGCAACUAUAAAUUUAUAACAUUCUAAUAAAAUUAUAUAUAUAUAUA